AUGUUCCUCGAGACGCUCCGGCGGCCGCCGCCGCGCGCGCUGUCGCUCAUGACGUUCAACCUGCUGGCGCCGUGCUACUUCCGCCACGGCGGCCGCCUCGAGAGCGACGACGAGACGGCGUUCCUGUCACGGGCCCAGGCCGCGAUCCAAGCGAUCCAGCGCGAGCAGUGCGACGUCGUGUGCCUCCAGGAGUUCUGGUUCCAGCGCGCGUACCAGCGCGCGUUCCGCUCGGCGUUCGACGCGACGCACUACCUGCACACGGCCCAGCGGCCGAACGACAAGGAAGACGGACUCGCGGUGCUGGUCGACAAGCGCAAAUUUGAGCUCCACUACGUGGAAAACGUCGACCUCGUGGGCGAAGCCGGCGACCGCGUGGCGCUGCUGCUGCACGUGGCCACCAAGUGGAACCGCGCGAGCGUACAGCUACCGCAGCGCUCGUUCCUCGUGGUCAACUCGCACUUGACGUUCCCGCACAGCCACUUGUACGCGAGCUUGCGGCUCAAUCAGAUUGACCGCGUGCUUGCGGCUGUGCGCAAGUACAUUGCGCGUCAAGCGCUGCACGACGUGCCUGUGCUGCUGUGCGGCGACUUUAACGACUAUGAUGAUCCCGUGUACCGCCUUGUGACGAAACAUGGCUUUGCCAGCAUGUUUGCGCAUCGACACGGUCGCGAAGCCAGGAUCACGCACUGCAAUCACAAUAACCGGGAAGUGGGGGUCGACUUUAUCUUUGGUGCGCGGCUGGGGAGCUCGGUACCGGCUGUAGGGGUACCGUCGAGUGCAGAAAGCAGUAGCAGCAGCAUCCAUGGAGAUGCUUCGUCGGCAAUGCUGCGGCAUGCAGCGUUGACGCUGGACGGCAAUAACCAGUCAAGAAGUGAGGACGAGCCGAGACUCCAGCUGCAGCCCGUGGACUGCCAUCUUGUGCCAAGACGACUACCUGAUGUGGCAAGGCUGAAGCGGCCGCAGUUCGGACACGACUGGCGGCAUGUGCAGUCUCCCUUGCUGCUGAGGGACGAAGAGCAGCUCGUGGACUACUGGCGGAUGGUGUCAGACCACAGACCGCUCGUCGCGACGUUCGAUAUGAUGCACCAAGAGAGGAGCAGUCGUCAGUGCAACAGCGAAGAGAGGAAGGUCUUGUCGUUCGAGAACGUGCGAGCGUCAGCGGCCGAGAUGAAGGCGAGAUUAGAACACGUCAUACCCAUGGAUAUAGCGACGGACGGCCUCACCCCGUGA